AUGUUUCAGACGUUUAGAAACUGGUUCUGGUCGGAGAGAUUCUGGCUUCCUCCAACAAUAAAGUGGUCAGACCUGGAAGAUCAUGAAGGGCUGGUCUUCGUGAAAGCUUCCCACUUGUACAUCACAAUUCCAUAUGCCCUUCUCUUAAUAGUCGUCAGAUACUUCUUUGAAAAGUUUAUUGCUACACCUCUAGCAAAUGCACUUGGCAUUCAAAAGACACAGCAUAAAGUUAAACCAAAUGCCACCUUAGAGAAUUUUUUCAAGCAAUCCACAAGCAAACCAUCACAUUCUGAUGUUUAUGGACUGGCAAAGAAGUGUAACUUGACAGAGCGCCAGGUUGAAAGGUGGCUCAGGAUUCGGCAGAAGCAAAACAAGCCUUGCAGGUUGCAGAAAUUCCAGGAAUCUUGCUGGCGAUUUACAUUUUACUUCAUGAUAACUGUGGCUGGAGCUGUAUUUCUUUAUGAUAAACCAUGGGCGUAUGACCUCUGGGAGGUUUGGCAUGACUACCCCAGACAGCCUUUGCUGCAGUCCCAGUACUGGUACUACAUUUUGGAGAUGAGUUUUUAUUGGUCACUGGUGUUUAGCCUGGGUUCUGAUAUCAAGAGGAAGGAUUUCCUUGCUAAUGUCAUCCACCACCUGGCUGCUAUUAGUCUGAUGAGCUUCUCCUGGUGUGCUAAUUACAUUCGCAGUGGGACCCUCGUGAUGUUUGUUCAUGAUAUAUCUGACAUUUGGCUAGAGUCUGCUAAGAUGUUUUCCUAUGCUGGAUGGAAGCAAACCUGUAACACCCUGUUCUUCAUCUUCGCCAUCGUGUUUUUCAUUAGCCGAUUCAUUAUUUUUCCAUUCUGGAUUCUAUACUGCACCCUGAUCCUGCCUUUGCACUAUCUCCAGCCCUUCUUCUCCUACAUCUUCCUCAACCUCCAGCUCAUGAUCCUUCAAGGCCUUCAUGUUUACUGGGGUUACUUAAUCUUGAAGAUGCUCAACAGAUGCAUAUUCACACAGAACAUCCAGGACGUGAGAAGUGACGAUGAAGAUGAAGAAGAAGAGGAAGAGGAGAGGGAAGAAGAGGAACAGAAGGAAGAGAUCACCAAAGGCAAAGAGACGGAGUAUUUGAAGAAUGGCCUUAGCACCAACAGGCAUCUCAUUCCCAAUGGUCAGCAUGGCCGUUAGCUUAAAGCAUAAUGUGCUGUCAGGACACUGGGGGGGGGGGGGGGCAGAACUGCUCCCCCCAUCCACUGCUGUGGACCUACAGAGACCCCAUUUUGCAUUUUAUUUUAUUUUAUUGAGAUGGAGUCUCCUAAGUUGCUCAUGGUGGCCCCCAACUCAGUCGCCCUGCCUGUGUAAAACGUUAAAAAGUAGAAUCCCGUGAAUCGUCCAGCAGCUAAGCUCCGGCUGCUCGGUGUUCGGAGAUGUCUCCAGGCAGGGUCAGUUCUUGUUGUUUCCCCUUCCAGAAUUUGAAGCACUUGACUUUCUCAGGAACUUGUUUUCUCUCAACUUUUUUUUUUUUUUUUUUAAACUUACCACCCUGUACAUGUUCCGUGUGGUUUGACAAAUGUCCAGGAAACCCACUUUCUCCGGGUGGUUUUUCACAGUAGCACCUCAUCUUCCAAAAGUGUGCUUGCAGUGGCAGGAGAGCAAUUAGAGCCAAAGGACAGGACAGGCUGCGGGGCUCCUGGGCCACCCUGGGCAGCCCAGGUGCUUCUCUGCACAGGGUCUCUGAGGGCAUCUGCUGUACUACCUCACAGAUAGAGAAAGGAUCAGGUGAGAUGAAGGGGUGCCUGUGUCCCCUGCAGGUGUUAGCGACCCUCACUGCACUACAAUUCCAGUUUUGACAAGAGACUACCCUGGCUGAACUUGGUGUGAGAAACCCCAUCUUAAAAAUGGCUCUUAAUGUGUAAGAUACCUGGAGGUCAGUUUCUAUUUGUAACUAUAUUGUUUCCAUGGAUAAUUCUCUGAUGACCCCGGAGCCUUCCUAGCAGGGUCCUGGGGUAGAGGGAAGGGAGUUUUGGUGUCAAGAUGCCCUGUGCUGAGUCUCAUCCUCAGGCUCACAGAGACGCUGUGGGCUACGAGGGUCGCUUGGGGCCCACUGAGGAGAGUGGAUCCAAGAGAAGUUGCUCACUGAGCCACAUUACCCAGGAAGCCAGCCCAGGGUGGCAUGCGCGAGGGCAUCAUACUCUGAAGGAAGUGGAAAGAGGAAGCCAUGCUGUGGUCCCAGAGUCUAACUCAUUCUGACUACUGAACAGUGAAGAACCCAGCAGGCCACCAGGCACCCUCGGUAGCAAAAGGUCCUGCACACUAAAUGGUCUGAGAGUUUCAGUUUUUAGUUUUUAAAAUAGCGUGUUUUUAAAACCUUCAGGCUAAGCAAAUACAAGCAAACAAAAACUCUUCAGAAUUCUGUUCCCCACAAAAUAUCUUGUUAUAGAAUUGUAGGAAAAACAGGGAAAAAAAAAGCAAGCCUUAAAUUAAUAUGUGGUUUUAUGAGCACAGCACCAUGUGCAUUCUAUCUGUAAUGUGACCUCAUAUUUAAAAUGUCUCUACUCACUUUAGGGCAUAGUUGUUGGUUUAUUGUUCUUACUUUGGUGAAAGGUCUCACUAAAAAUCUUUUAUGUGUCCAGUUAACGAAGUAUUUCCCCUUGAUUUAUUUUGGUUUUCUUUGACUACAGAACCUUUUCUUGCUUUCAGUGAAACAUUGUUUAUUGCUAUACCGUCCAAUUUCUUUUUCUGCCUUUGAUGGUGGAAGGUAAAACUGAUAUGCUCUCAAAAUCUGAGCGGUCAAGCAGCUGAAGCACUAUCCUGCAGAAGAGGAAGAGGUGCACUUUGCGGCGGCCUUAGGGGCUGUGUGGCUAGGAGAGGUAACCCCCUUUCCUAGAGUAGACAAGAGUUCGCUUCUAUGCGAGGUGACUUUGUAAGAUUCCAAGCCACACUGACUUUCAAUAAAACAAAAAGGAACCCCA